GCCGUUUUCAUUUCAGCAAUAAGUGUGUCUUUCACCAAACUUCCUGUGUGGCGUCAAAAACUCUGCAGUUUGAUCAGGACCGGUUGCAGACGCCCGCCCGCCCGUCUUCUGGUAUCCGAACCCGCGGCCCACAUGUCCAACCCAACGGUAACCACCCAGCCCGGCACCGGCGGCUACGGCACCAACGUCCACACGGGACAGUGGAGCACGGGCCUCUGCUCCUGCUGCAACGAUUUGUCGAUUUGUGCUGCCGGCUGCCUCUGCCCGUCCAUCCUGGCCUGCUACACGGCCGACAAAUACGGCGAACACUGCUGCUUGGGCCUCGUGCCCGGCGGCUUGACGGCUUUGAGGACCCACAUGAGGCUCACGUAUGGCAUCGAGGGGACUAUUUGCAAUGACGCGCUCAUGUCGUUUUUCUGCGGCACCUGUGAGUUGUGCAGAAUGGCCAGAGAGAUACGCAUCCGCAGUGGAGAAACUUCAGCGUAAUAGCAACAGCGCACGUCAAAGGAAUGGCGGUCAUC